AUGGCAGCAGUCGGGACGGCCGAGGGCGGAAGUUCGCCUGCUUUCGACCAUCUCUUGACCUCCGAGCGCCGCCGAAGCCUCCUGGGUAGUCACGUCUCGAAAAAUGACCUCGUAAGUCGGAAAAGCGUCAAUUCUACUGACCCUAGUAACAAAAUAAGGGUAAUGAAACUAUGUUUUCAAAAAACCAGUUAAUAGUUUGAGUUUUUAUCUCUUUUUUUUCAGUUUUCGCUCUCACCAUUCCGCACCGCGAGUUGCAAUGCAGAGACGGUCGUUACCGCUAGAGGUUUCCCAUUUUUUCUUUAAGUUUUCCGGUUCGAAACUCUGGAAUGUUGAACUCGACUCUUAAGGGAUCCCUCGGGCGAAUCCUGACCAUCUGCGGCCGAUUUUCGAACGAUUCGCCUCGAAAGACGUCAAAGGCAAGAAAUACAUGACAUCCGAAGACUUUAUCCGCAAGUUUGUCGUUUUCAAUGUGUUUGAUUCCGUUUUUCCCUACUGGAAAAUUGAUAGCAAAGAAAGUGGUUGCUUUUAUUGAUAUAUUGGUCUUGGUUCGAGUUCUCGGACAUCAUCUCUUGCUUCAAGAUCCUUUUUCCAAGAACUUAACUGCUGCAAAAUGGUUUUCUUGCUGGAGAAAGAGUUUCCAGCUACUUGGGUCUCUACACGGAGGAGAACUACAACCGGGAGACAGUCCGACUUCUGGCCUCCGCCGCUGACACAACAAAGGACGGCGACAUCUCCUUCGAGGAGUUCUGCGCCUUCGAAGCCCUUCUUUGCAGGUUCCCAGACGUUUUCUUUGAAAAGAUAUUCGAGAGCCCACCGUCAACUUUUAUUCAGAGUUUUGAACUCGACGAAUUUCGAAAAAUGCUCAAAAACAGCAAGUUAUAAAUUGACGUAAAUAUUACUAGAAUAAAAGUUAAGGAGAAGGCUAAUUAUGUUUUUUUUAGAAUUGUUGUUAGAAAAAAUGAUUUUUAUGUUUUGGGCUGUUAUUAGAACAGUUUUCGAUAAGUUUCUUUUCCGAGAGUUUGCCAAAUUUCCUUCAAAUGACGCUUUUUAUAAAAAUAUAAUCCGAAAGAGAAAUGAAAAUUGGAACGUUUUCUUUCUGAUAGAAUCGAAUUCGUUUCCUUUCAUUUGUUAAAAAAAUAUUUGCAAUUUUUAGAAUCCAAACCUUGUUCAUCAUUUCAAUACGAUUUCUGUCAAACUUUCUCUUUUGACCAUUCAAUUUUCUGCUGAAAUAUUUUUUAUCACGUUUGUUAUCGCCACAUUGGAUGACCAGUCAUAAGAAAUAAGAUAAGAUACAGGGAAUUUUCAAAUCUUCGAGAGAAACCGAAAUAUUCAGUUCCUUAUUUUUGAAUCCGUGUUCAUUCGCAAUACAUACACAUUAGGCACAUAAUAAUAAUACAAGAAUUGAUGUUUUCUAAACUGUCCAAAAACAAGGCACUUUUUCCAGAAUUUCGUGUAACUUGAAUCUCGAUCAAUCUAUGAAAAACGCAAACAUUCCAUUAUCUGUAUAGCUGAUUCACAGUUGGCUUGAACCAUAGAAAAACGGGUCCAGACACGAUAAUACACGAGAUAGCGCCUGGCUCGUGGAGAGCGCAGACAGGACACGCCCCCCUUCAGCAUUCAAGCUGGCCGUGAAUCAGCUAUAACUGCUUUCCGUUUGAAAACGAAAAGCCUCAAACUGUAUAUUAAACUCAAGAUUUGUUAGUUUUUCAGGGAAGUUGUUUUCUCAUUGAACUUUUAAGGGCUGUGAUUAGAAUAAUUAGAGAAAAAUGAAAAGAACCGGCUAAAAUCUCGCAAGUAGUCUAUGCUCAGAUAAAUUUCUCUGAAAUCUGACUACUUGGGAAGUCUUCAAAGUCAAACGAGGAGAGGGUUUUGCAGUCCCGACGCGCUGUAUCUGACGGCCUUCGAGCUGUUCGACCGAAACGCGUCCGAUUCCAUCAGUUGCGAAGAAUUCGAGGCGAUCAUCCGCCACACGCAGCCGCUCCACGACCAGGACUUCGACUUCAACUCGGAGUUCAUAAAAAGAUACUUUGGCGCGUAAGUCGCUCACAGUCUGCUCACGCUGGUCAGCAGUCUUUCAGGGACAAGAAGCGGACGAUCAACUACCACUCCUUCACCCAGCUUCUUCACGACUUUUAUGAAGAGCAGGGUAUCCAGGCAUUCAAAAAGUUGGUUUUGCCAAAGUUCUUCUUCUAAAAAGCUUUUCCAGUUUUAUUGUUUUCAAUAGAAAAACGUGAAUACAGAAAAAAAUAUAACUUUUGAGAGAGAGAGAAAAUAUUCGAAUCGAAUUUGCGAAAAAGAAGUCCGCUAAUGCUUGUCUCUUUUGAGAUAUGACACGAAAGGCGACGGCGCGAUAUCGUCGAUCGACUUCCAGCAGAUCAUGACGACAGUCAAGCGUCAUCUUCUGACGCCGUUCGUCCGCCACAACCUCAUCGCCGUCUCCGGGGGCGGGGCCAGCGGCCACAAGGUUCAUCCAAAAGAUGGCUGAUAGGGGCUUAGGGCGAUUUCCUCUCGAGAAUUUCUUUUUGUCAUGAGGGGAAAGGGAUGUAGUCUAUUGACAACAGCUUCCUGCGGAAUUCAAAAAAAGGAGUUUGGGACAUUUUUUCAUCUCUGAAAGCUGUUGUUAAUCAACUAUAUCUUAGGCUUUUCAACAACCCUCUGCCAUUGCCGAUAACCAAAAGGUGAAUGAAAAUGCCGACUUUUUUCGGGUGUUGUGAUGGUAUUCGUGACGGUUUACUUCAUUUUAAAAAAAAGCUUUAAUUUUUUCUCAAAAAUAAUCUCACAAACGCAAUGAAUGUAUAUACACUUUUUGCCUUUGUCAAAAUCAUAGAGAAAAAUUGGAAUUUGGUUUUUUUAAAAUGAGAUUAACUGAAGAAAUAACCACGACAGUUGAGAAUCGUCCUUAUGAAAUGAGCUGCAACCACGAUUCCUAACUCUAAACGUUUGGAUAACCUUUUUGUAUGAAAAAAAAAAUAGAUAAUUGUAGAUAUGAAACAUUGGAUAAUUUAUCUGUAGUUUUACUGGUGUUUUUUCCCCAUGAUGUGGUUGGUGAUCAGUUUUAUAAAAGAUGGUUGGAGUGACUUCUGGUGCAUGGCUAUUUCUUUUUUUACAGUUCGCCGAUCUCAGAAGCGGAAGAGUACGUUUUUGCUUCAUCUUUUUCUUUUGUUGGUUUUUGUGUUUUCACAUCUGUUUUUCUACUUUUUGUUUCAUUGUCCUGUGUGCCGUGCUCACCACUUUUAUGUUCAAAAGUUGUCCUUCCGCAAAAAAGAAAUUUUGAAAAAGUCGUCUUUUUGUUCAUUUUCAGUGCUUCAGUGUUCUCUUUUUUUUCAAAUGUUGCAAUUAAUUUUUUCAGGUGACGUUCCCUUAUUAUGCGGCGUUCAACAGUCUUCUUGCCAAGAUGGAACUCAUCAAGAGAGUUUACGUCAGUCAGGUGAGAUUCAAACUUUAUUUGGUUUUGAAAAGUUCAAAUUUUCCUAACGCAUCAGCUCCAAAAGUCCAUAGAAGGGAAAAGAAAAAGAAGAAUGGUUUUCUCAUCAUUUCUUGAAAAUUGCUUUAAUUUUUUGAAAAGUCUCAAUUUUUAUCAUUUCAACGAGCAAGAUAGGCUAAUAAACUUUUUAUUUGGAACCUUUUCUUUGAACCAAGUUUCAUGAAAAAAUUCAUGUUUCUGAAUUGGGAUUUUUGAGAGAUUUCAUAAUCUUUCCAAAAAUAUGGGAAACUUCAAAUUUGAAUUAAAGAUGUAUUUUUCAGGCGCGUGGAAACUUGCAUUUGGAAAUGACGAAGGAAGAUUUCCUGCAGGCGACCCAAAGCUACGCUCAGAUCACUCCUUAUGAGGUUCGUUUUCCUUCUUUACAAUCAAAGAUCUAUUUUCUAUCGUUUUUAUACCUUUUUCUUCUUCAAUUUAUCCCUCCAAUCUCGCUGUUUCAGGUUGAAAUUCUGUUUCAUCUUUCUGAGCUCGCUCAUCCAGGAAAGAAAACUCUGUCUCUAGAAGACAUCGAACUGAUCGAUCCCGAACGGUUGGAUUCCUGUUAUUAUCCGGAUUAAAAACGAUGUUUGAGAUUGAAACGCGUUUCUCAGAUGGAUCGCCUCAUCAACAUCAAAGCUGUUCAUCACAAAGACGAACGAGGAAUGGGAACGGCGGUACGGAUUCGUUUGAGUGCAAAACUUCGACGAAAAAAGCUUUCCUUAAAGUUUCAAUAUCAUUUUUACGAAGCAAAAAUGAUCAUCUUCAGUUUAAAAAAAAACUAUUGAGGAAACUCUACCAAAAAUUGAUAAGCUAAUGAAAACAAGAAAAAUUAAAAACUGAAAAAAGUCUUUCAAGUUCAAAAAGUUCCGAGGGUUUACCUGCUGAAAAGCCUGUUAAAAAUAAUUGAAAUUUGGCUUUUUUAAUCACUAUAAUUACACAUAUUUAUAAUUAUCACAGAGGCUUUUCAAAACUGUUUUUUUUUCCGGUCAAUAUAGUUUUCUGAUCUCUAUGACGCGAGAAAAUCUGUAAAAUUACCUUCAUAAAAUAGUUUAUUAGUUCUUUCCAUACGAGCUCCCAGCAGAAACACAAAUUUACACAAAAGGACAGACUGAAAUAAUUUUUCUUUUUUUUUCGCGAAAGUUUAGUUUUCGAAGUAACUUGUGACGGUGUUGAAAAAAAAAAGAAAAAAUUCAAUCAGCUUGCUCGUAUUUUAACAGCUACAAGCUUUUCGUUGACAAUAGCUUGAUUGCUCUCUCAGUGAUGAGUGGAAUAUUGGAUGAAAAUGCAGCUGAUGGAGUCGGCUUAUCGGUUCCUUCUUGGAUCUGUUGCCGGCGCCUGCGGAGCCACGGCCGUCUACCCGAUCGACUUGGUGAAGACGCGCAUGCAGAAUCAAAGAAGCGGCUCUUUCGUCGGCGAGGUCAUGUACAAGAACAGUCUCGACUGCUUCAAGAAAGUCGUCAAGUUCGAAGGUUUGUUUGGAUUGGUGGUCGAGGGAGAAUAUUAAACUGAGGCAUCUUUACUGCGCGUUUUGCUUUCAUUUUUCCUACGUUAUUAAGUUCGCGAUGCCUGACGAGAACCUCAUUUGAACUGUUUUUUGAGAUAGAGCGGUGGUGGAAGGGUAAUAGGAUAUCAUGAAAAGCUCGAGCGAUUCGCGUGAAUGAAUGCUCCCGAGAUCAAAUUAGACGGUUUCUAUUGAAAAUUGUGAAUGAAACCCACUCAGCUUACCACCAUACUGAAUCUCAGUGCUUUUUGAUUUUAUUUAAACGUUUAUUCUCUAUUUUAUGAACAAGGUUUUUCACCUGAAGCAGAAAACAGCCUGGAAUUGGGAAAUCGAAGCUUAAAAACUUGAUAUUGCUCACUUUAAACGGAACUCGAUCAUAACUACAACCUUCACAAAUUUUCAUUCUGUGUUCAGAUUUUUUCAUGAGAUGAUACUGUUUCUUCUGUAAAAUACUUGUAGCUGUUGAUUUAUGAGUUCAUCUGGUUUCAGGUCUUCUCGGUUUGUACCGCGGUCUGUUGCCUCAAAUCGUUGGCGUGGCUCCCGAAAAAGCUAUCAAACUGACGAUGAACGACUACAUGCGCGACAAGUUCACGACCGACGGCAAGAUCCCUUUGUACGGAGAGAUCAUCGCGGGUGGAACUGGCGGUAUGUGCCAGGUGGGUCCUGCGUCCACCGGAACCCUGAGAGAUCAUUCUUUGCAAGGUUGCCUUCACCAACCCUCUGGAAAUCGUCAAGAUUCGACUGCAAGUCGCCGGGGAGAUCCAGUCGAGCCAGAAGAUCGGCGUGUUCACGAUCCUGAAGGAGCUCGGCUUCCUCGGACUAUACCGCGGCGCUCGCGCCUGUUUCCUCCGCGAUAUCCCCUUCUCGGCCAUCUACUUCCCUGCCUACGCACAUGCCAAACUUGCCACGGCCGAUGCUGACGUAAGAACCUAAGUUUAUAGGAAAAAACACAUACUUGGUGUUUUGGACGAAAUUUAACUCCGAGUAUCGGAACACAGUCAAAUUUUUUUUUUUGAAGUUGAACAGUUUUUUUUCAUGUGAUCAUAUUCACCGUCUGACUGAAAUUGACGCCUUAAAAAAUCAUCAUAGCUAAACAGACCAGUGUAUAUAAAUCAAAGUAAUCAUAAAAUGCUUUCAUCAUGCUUUAUAAAUCGAGAAGAACUCAUUUAAAAAAAAAAUGGAAUUUUAAGUUUUUCCUGUUUCUGAAGUCAAACUUCAGGGCAUCAACCAUCCUUCGUCGUUGUUCUGCUCGGCGUUCAUCGCCGGUGUCCCUGCGGCCGGUCUCGUCACGCCGGCUGACGUCAUCAAGACUCGCCUACAGGUCGCCGCUCGCGCCGGCCAGACGACGUACAACGGCGUCAUCGGUAGCUCCUCAGAAGAGUCCUUCGAUGAGUUUUAUUUCCAGACUGCGCGAAAAAAAUCAUGCGAGAGGAGGGUCCCAAGGCGUUCUGGAAAGGAACUGCGGCGCGCGUCUGCCGCUCGAGUCCGCAAUUCGCCGUCACCCUCCUCACCUACGAGGUCCUUCAGCGACUCUUCUACGUCGACUUCGGAGGCUCGAGGCCUACCGGUUCUGAGGUAUCAAAGAGGGCCUCAUUCUUUUUACUCAAAUGAUAAUUCCACGGUUCGGAAACUUGAUUGUUUCCAAUAUUUUUCGAAUGAUUUUUUUCAGUUUUCAGAUAAUGUAUAAUGUUUUACAAGAAUAUUAAGGCAUCUGAAAAAUGAAUGUCUUCCAUAAAACAGUAUAAUUCUCAUGUUACUAUCUUAUUUAUCAUAUUUUCCAGUUUCACAAAGUUAUUCUACUUUCCCUAAACUUUCUAUAGUCAGUUCUUGCUGCACUUCUUUUUGCAAAAAAAGGGCCCCCUGCACACAAUCUCGAGAGAAAUGGAAUGAGAUGACCGUUUUGCAGUCGGCGACGACCAAGUCGAUCGUCGACGAGAGCUCGACGAAUCCAGACCAUGUCGGCGGCUACAAACUGGCGGCGGCGACCUUCUCGGGCAUCGAGCACAAGUUCGGCCUGUUCCUGCCGCGUUUCGAGACCUCGACCACCAAGUAGACCCUCUAGUGUAGAUCAUCUAUCUAGUCUUCAUCCGAAAUACCUAUCUUAAAGUUUCGUGUAAUUAAUCGAUUGAAAGUCCCAAUCUCUUUUGCCCUUUUUUCCUCAUAUAAACUUUCGCAUGUACUGCUUUUCAAGUAUGUCUUUGCGAUUUUCCAAAGGUUAGCCUCGGUUUCGCCGGUUUUCGUUUUCAUAGAAUGAUUCUGCAUAGCUUGGCGGGUGUAAUUGUAAAUCUACGAUAGCUUGUCAGAUUUUCUAAUAGGUGUUGAAAUUAUUUAAACAGCUUAUACAGUCAUUAGUUCCUAGUAUUUCAGGUUUUCCAUCUUCAUUUUCUGUAUAAGCCAUGUGCCUCCUGUCGAAUUUGCUCAUGCGCUCAUCUUUUGCAUUUUUUCUUUUGUUUCUACUCACUGUAAUUUCGCUCUUCAUCAGUUCUUUGGAUAUGGUCAUUGGCAAUGAAGUUUUUUUUUGCUUUCUAAGACUUUCUCAGUAGGUUGAGAUAGAUUCAUAAACACUAGGAAGAAGUGAAUAACAAUAACAGAAGCUGAAAUUACUUUGUUUUUGAAGUGAGGACUGUAAGGUAUCUGAAUUUUCGUGGGAACGAAGGCAGAUUACUUCAAUAUCGAGUCGGAAAAUAUUUUGAUGUGCCAGGCAUAACCUUGGACGCAAAAACAAAAAGAAAUGGGCUGUAUUUUUGUGAAUAAUAUCCAUUUUCAUGGAUUGGAAGAAUUUAUUUUGACAUAUGCCAGUGUGAUUUGGAAUGAUUAUUCUAAAUCUGAUUAGUGACAAUUCUAGGAACCGUACUCAGAAUGGUUGAUCGCGUCGCGUGACUUGCUCGGAGGAAAAUUGUUUUGUUUCUUCUUCACUACUAUUUUGAUGGAAAGUAUUUCAUUACGAAACAACCACCAAAAUAGUUGAUCCCAAUCGAAGGAGCAACUCAACAAAUGCAUCGAGUUUUCCUUUUCUCCUCCUUCACGGCUUUGUAGAUGAUAUACGUCCAGAGCAUCCUGAAAAUGUUCCUCAGUUUUUCUUCAGUGUCCAUCCUUCAAAAAUCUUUUCAAGAAGCAAGGUUUGAAAACCCACACAAAAGUUAAGAGAGCCAUCUGGUAGAAAAAAAGCUUGAUUCGGAUCCAGAAUGGCAUUCCAGAGCAGAGCAGGUAGAUGAAAAACGAAAACAAGGGGUACCGUCUACUCGGAGAGUGGCGUGAGAAAAUGGGCGGCGCUAACGUCCCUCAUGUUAAAACAAUAUAUCAGCCUCUACAGGAGAGUCUUUGAAAUGUUACACGCUUUCUCUCAAGUCUUCUUGCUAGGAUAAUUGUAAUUUUUGUUCAGCUUAUCCACUCCGUUUCAUUAAAAUCAAUCGAAAUGGAACCUUUCUACCUUCAAUUCGUCCACAGGUUCCUGUUUUACCUCUACUUGGCCGCGUCGUUUCUCCGUGAGUUCUUUUCCUACAUACAGCUCCGCAAUGGUUAGGACAUUGCUGCGGAGUGCAAUUGGAGUUACUUGAGACGUUUGAACGAUGAACCUUUGGAUUCCUUCGAAGGCUCUACAGUAAGGAAUAUGUACGGUGUUUGUGGGCCCUUUUCACCUAUUUCCAUACCAAAUAGUCCUGUUCAAAAUCUGAGAUGACCCCUAAAGAGUCUGUCCUAUAACUACUGAUUUCAGCCUUUUUCCCUUCUUCGGCUCCUCUGUCAUCCAGCCAUACUCUGCCCGUGUUCAUGGAGGUCUUCCAUUACAAUCUUUCCGUCGUGCUUGUGUAA